CCAAUGAUACAAUAAAUUUUGAGGGACAGCGCAAGGGGGCGCAUCCAGCCUCGCAGCCUCCCAGGGCCCAACCCACAGCCAGCGAGCUCCGAUGCUCAGAGAGGCAGGAAACGGGGCCAGCCAGGGGGACUCGAGAGCGGCUGCACUUUCCUGUCCCCCGCCGAGGAGAGCGGAGGAGCAGCGGCCCGUGGCCUGGCGAGUUUCCCCGGAGAGGAGCCGGAUUCCGCUGCAGGGACGGAGCGAGGAGUCCGAGGGUGGCAUAAAAAUGGAAGAGCAGGGACCCAGGAGACCCAUUCAAAGGGAGAGACUGGAGUGUAAAGGAAGGAAACCUCCUGCCGGCCAAGUUGUGGCCACAAGGGAUCUUCUGCCUCGGGCAGAUUUAUGUCAAAUUAAGCAGGAGCCAGAGGAGGGGCAGCCGCAGCAGCACUGGGAUGCCGAGAAGCAGGAUUUCCUGAAGACGAUGCAGCCUCCUCGUUCAAAGUGGGAAACCCCACAGGCUCCCAGUCCUCCCCAAUCUGGGGAUGGUGUCCUCUCCUUCAGGGGAGCUGCGGAUGCCAGUCGGUGGCCCAGUGGGAGAGCAGGGGGGACAGACCAGACCCUGCUCCCAGACACUGAGGGGCUUCUGGGAAAGGAAACUGCAGCUGCCAGCUUUGGAAUAAGCUGGGAUAUUAAGCUAACUUCAAACUGUGCUUGGUCAAAACAGGAAACUCUGGUUGAUCAGUAGCUUCGUGGUUUGACUGAUCCCACUGAUAGAAGUAAAAAUAGGAACCCUGUUGCAUUCAAAGGGGUUAUUUGGACAGAGUCUGUGAUCAGCAUGCCAAUCAGGACAGGCUUAAAAACUAAAGGGACCCCUGACCAUUAGGUCCAGUCGUGGCCGACUCUGGGGUUGAGGCGCUCAUCUCGCAUUAU